GAGCUGGACAUCACGUGGGGCGACGGCGGGGCAAGGCCCUGGGCAACGAGCGGCUGCUGACACUGUCGCUGGACCGGCUGGUGUCCUGCUCCCUCAAGCCGACAGCUUUAUCUCUGCUCGCCCCGGCUCCUCGCCUCAUCCAUGGCCGAGCGCCCUCUGCCAGCUCAUGGAGCUCCCUCUGCUCCUCUGCCGCGCGCUGUCGGAGCUCCCUGCGCUCGCCCAUGGACGCACGCUUGCUCUGUCCUGAGUUUCCUUGCCGCGCGCAGCAGUGCCCUCUCCCUGCGUUGCACGCUCCUGCCCAGUUUCCUGUGCCGCGACCUUGUCGAGUUCCAUCCUUGCUUCUUGCUCCCGGCUUCUUGUCUCUUCCUUGGACACCUGCUCUACUGCGCACCAGGAUGCGAUGAGUUCGGCUCUGAUUCUUUUCCAGCGGCGCGUAGCUCCUUCCCUAGUGUCGCGCCCUUUUCUUCUGCUCGGACCUCGCCAUGGAGAUUCCUCACCGCACCGAGCGCCGUGAAAACCCUGUGCUCACCAUGCCGAUUUCCCCUGCGGCAGCUUUCUCGACGUCCAUUUCCCUGCACGCUGUGUCCUGCUCGAUUUGCCAUGCCACAUCGCGUCCCUGCACCCAGCCUUUAGCUCAAUACCUAUGCUGCGCCAUUGGAUGCUGGUCGAACUAGGGACAUGCUUCCUUCUCUGUCAUUUGAACAGCAACCCCCUUGCUCCUCGCCAUUGCGCCGUCGUUGCCUACUAUGUCAGGACACCUCCCCUCGUGCUCAGACGCUCAUCAGGGAACCCGUCGUCGACAACUUUGGUUCUACGUCGCCGGAUCCGUGCUUCAGACAGCAGGUACGUUAAUUAAUCGCGCGAUGCGGAAGACAAGCCAAGUCGACCCCAAG